AUGAGGACCAAGUUCUGUCAACUGUUUGCACAAGUCUUUCUCUUAGGAGAGUUGCUAUCUGUGGUGGACAGCAAAGGGACUUUCUAUGGAGGCCAUGUCAACCCUUUCUAUGGAAGCAGAUACAACCUGUACAAGGCUGGACUCAACCCUCAUCAUUCACCAAACAAGCCCAUGACCCGUCACAAAAACCACUGUGCGUACGUUGUCCAGAAGAACAUCUCAUGCACAAUGCAGGAUGGAGUGGCUACCUAUGUGAAGGCUGAGUACACCACCAAGUGCAUCUGGGGUCAGAAGUGUCCGGUUGUCAUGUACAGGACAUUCUACAAGCCAAAGUACAAGGUGGGUUUUAAGACAGUCACAGAGCUGGAGUGGAGAUGUUGUCCCGGUUACUCUGGAGAAAACUGCUAUGAUGGACCCACAUCGCUGCCUGACGUCAUGAUGCCACCUUUCAAGGGUACGGGUGGGCCCAAUCGCCCAGGCAUGAAGGGGUUCCCCCAUGGUCCUAGACCUCCUGUGGACAAGAAGCCUGGAGGUGGCCAAUUGGAGCCAGAUAAACCCUUCCCCAGUGUGCCUGACCAUAGACCAAUACCCACAGGACAGCUUCCUGCUGGGAAUGGAAAACCAAACUAUGGUAACAAAUUUGGGAUUUCAGGAGUGACUGGUGAACGUUUGGACCACAUGGAGGAGGACCUGCGUCGCCUCACCCAGGGUCUAGACACUCUGAACGGGGUGGUGGCUGGCCUCGAGCAGCGAUUGCGCACAUCUCUCCGGGAAGACACCAACAAAAUCCUGGUGUCCCUGCUCCCCAACGCUCCCCGUGUGCCCGACUCUACAGUGGGAUUUGGGGUGAUCCCAGAUGGGACUCCAGAUGGACUGGAAGGAGGAGAAAGCUUCACUGGUUUUGGAGACUUAGCAGGGAGGGUAACAGAAGUGAGGGAUGACCUGCGAGCCAAAACACACAUCUUAGAGGAGAUUCAGGGGAUGGUCCUGGGUCAUGAUGGCCAGCUGAAGAGGCUAUUGGAAGGAGCUAGAGGCACGCCCAUCCUUGGCCCAAGCUCCGCUGCUCGUCUGGACGAGAUCAUAGACGGCAAGCUGGCUGACAUGAGGGCUGAGAUCCUGGAUGGAUUUGAGCGCCGUCUGACCAGUCUAGAGAGCCACUGUGACACGAAGAUUGGGGAGGUGCAGAGGAAGUGCCACAGGGACCACAUGGAUGGCCAGGAGCAGAUGCAGCAGUCUCUUGAUGGAAGAGAGACUGGGCUGCGGGAGGAGUUGGGUUCUUUGCAGGCUCAGAUCCAGGGUCUAACUCUCACUGAGAGCUGCUGUGGACAGGUGAACAGUCUGUCCCAGCGUGUGCUUCUGCUGGAGGAGUCAGUUAAAGGUUUGACAGAAUCUCAGAGACAGCUCCAUACCGCCAUCACUGAUCACAGCAUACACGUGGAGACACUGAUCGAGACCCGCCUAGUGGACAUAGAGGGUCGCCUCAAUGCCACAGAGGGAGGACCUGAUGGAGUAGCAGGGCUCCCUGGUGGUCUGGAUGGCUUCAAGACUAUGCUGGAGGACAAGCUGAAGACCCUGGAAGAGAGAGUUUUUGUGGCCGUUGAGGAGCUGAGUAAUGCCACUGCGCCGGCGCUCCUGGAGGGUCAGGUGGUCCCAGCACUGGAGACAGAGAUUGAGUCUGUGAGGAGGAGAGUGGAGGGAGACCUGGAUGGCAUUCAGAAACAAUUAAUAGAUCUGGAGCUUCUCUGCACCUCCUCCUGUUCACCUUCCACUCCGCCAGCAGGGGGUGUCAGUCUCACUGAAGUAGAGGAAGAUUGUGAGGGGAUGGAGAAGAAGAUGACUGACCGCCUGAACUCCCAUUCUAACCAGCUGGACCGCCUAAACACCACCCUACAGAACCUGCUCUUCCGUGUCGCUCAGGAGGACACAGAGGGAGUCGUCCAGGGAGAGAUCACCCUGCUGAAGGUCAACAUCAACUCUGUGAACCGCACUCUGAAGGGCCUAAAGGACUCUAUUAGCUUCAUUGCAAGUGAAGUGGGCCACGCUAACACCACCUGGGAGCAGAGAGAGCACCAGCUAGUCAACCAGGUGCAAGGAAUCACCAAACUAGUGGGCCACCAGGCCUCUCUCCUGGGGGCCGGGGAGAGGCGGCUGGCUCAGCUGAAGGGAGAGCUAGUGGCCUUGAAGAGACAGCUGUCUGGGGAGCUGCAGGGAUGCCGGAGCACAGCGAUAGAAGUACAGAAGGAGGUGAAGAACGUUGAUAGCAGGGUGAGCCAGGUAGAGGGCCAGUGCAGCAGCCUGGGGGAACUGGCAGAGCACCUGGAGAGGAUCAGGGCAGAGCUCGAGAGACACUCAGAUUCCUACCUGGCCCGGGUGAAUGGCACUCUUGGCGUCCAUUCAGAGCAGCUAGCAGAGCUGAAAGGGGAGGUCAAAGACUGCGUUGCCAAGGAAGUAGCCAACCAAAAAGGAGACCAGUAG